AUGAUUCCAUUCCGGUCAAGCCUAGCCAUCCUCAGGGCUUGGCUGCUGGUGUUGUUCUGGCAAGCUCCUGAGAACUCUUUUGAGUUCAUCGACAACGCCGGGGGCAAACUCUUGUCAUUCUCCAACCAGGUUGGCCGCCAAAAUUCCAACUAUAUCGAAAGCAUUCGUAUCAAAAUGCCCCGAUACCUGGGCUAA